AUGAUCAGCAAUCCCGGGCCACUUCUCGCCCUAGGCUGCUUCGUCGUGUGCUGGACUUGUGCCUUGCUGCUUCGCCUUCUAUGGGCUGCAAUAGCGGCUCUGCUGCUGCGAGAUUGCGACUUAGCUACCAAACUGCUUCCCGAACGAAAAGGCUACUGGAAAAAUAGGGUCGCUUGGAUCACCGGCGCCUCGAGUGGAAUCGGCCUGAGUCUGUGCCGGUUGCUCGCAACCAGGCGUUGCUCCAUUAUUAUCUCCAGUAGAAAAGAAGAAGAUUUGCUUAAAGCUCGUGACGAUGCCAUCGCGUACAGCCAGCGACUUGGAAUUAAACGAUCGCCAGAAGACUUCCUCCUUCUCCCCUUCGACAUGAAGAAACCGGAAUCCUUUCGUGGCGUUGUGGACGAAGGACGAAAGUGGAAGGGCAGGAUUGACAUUCUCUUCAGCAACGCAGGCGUUGCGUGUCGAGGAGUGAUGCUUCCAUCUUCAAUUGACAACGAAAUCCUGCAAGUGAAUCUCCUCUCCCAAAUGGAGUUCGUGAAGCUCAUCGUUGCUCGCAUGAUUCAACAGCAAAGUGGGCACGUCAUUUUCACCAAUUCGAUGAGCGCCAGAAUCACGCUCGGAGGCCGGACCGCUUACAGCACAGCCAAAGGGGCUCUUUUGAAUUUUGCCUACGGACUCUCGCGCGAACUUAGAGGAAUGGCAAGCCCCGUGCGUGUCACCACAGUCCUGCCCGGCUACGUCCGAACGUCGCUCUGCGAUCGGGAGCUCUACGCCGAUGGAGCGAUUCCCAAAGGCGUCCACGUCGCCGAAGACAUUCGCACGGGUCUCCCCUCGGACCGAACUGCGGAGUUGAUGCUCCGUGGCAGCUCUAGGGGACUCGCCGAAAUCUGGGUCGGAAAGAAUCCAGAUCUUUUCUACAUGUACGCCAUGUACUACGUGCCGGAGAUCGCCAACUUGGCGGUUGACUACGGGGCCAGUUCCUACGCGCGAAACAUCGAAGAGGAAAUCCGACAGCGGCGCUACGUCGCGCGCAGCGCUCGUGCCCCUAGCGCGCCUGGACAGCCGCCCGUCGACAAGCGAGGCGCCGGGUUCAAGAAGCGAAAGGCAUCUGGAGAUUCUGCCCUUUCUGAACCUUUCUGUUCGCCGCGUACGUGUCCCCCUGGGCUGAAGCAACGGGACGAUGACGCAUCUCCAGCGUCGGUACCCGACGAGAAGGGGUCACAGGCAGGCGAAGAGGACAGAACCCGCGGCGGUUCGCUUCCACCUGCGAAGGACGGGAUCGUAGCAACUGAAUCGGAAGCUCAGAAAUCGAACAUUUUUCCGGGAGCACCUGGCCCGUUUGGGACCGUCGCCAACGCGAUUUCAGACGCCGUCAGUCAACUGGGCAGAUUCGCUUCCAUGGGGUCUGACACCACGCACGACGAUGAGGAACAGACCAAUGGGGGAGCUGUGCGGAAGCGAAGGAGUUUCGGGAUUGAUGAGAAUGGGUUUGGUGGAGAAAGUACAGGCCGAACAGCAGACGCAGGAACAACUCGUACACAGAGCUCGGCCAGCGGCAAGGGACAAACUAACGCGGCUGUCAGCGGCUAA